CGCCCCGACAAUACUGUCGCUAUGCAUGGCGAUAGAUUAGCAUGCUGUAUUAUACUUUUAGGAGGAACUUCUGGAAUGUCACGCUGGUGGCAAGGUGUCACGCCAUGGCUGGAUAGCUGCAGCGGGCUUAAAUUAAAUAAAUAGGGCGGCCCUCAGCCCUCCUUGCUGAUCUCGUUCCCUCCUCUAUCCCUCCCUGCAUCUCUUUUUGUUUCUUAUUAUAUUCUCUCGCCAUGGAGGAGAAGACGGACGUCAAAGAGCCCGCCGAUGUCGAGGCCAAGGCCCACACCAGCAGCGACACUGCCCCAGAGUACGACCAAGAUGAAGGCGUCAUCUACAAGUCGCAGCCUUUGGCUCGCAACUUGCAGGGCCGUCAUAUGCAAAUGAUUGCCAUUGGUGGUGCUAUUGGUGCCGGUCUUUUCGUCGGAACAGGUAGUUCUUUGGCCACCGGAGGUCCUGCCAGUCUUGUUAUCUGUUACUUGAUUGUCGGUGUUAUGUUGCUGUGUACUGUGCAGGCUCUGGCCGAAAUGGCUGUGUUGUAUCCCGUGAACGGUGCAUUCUUUACUUACGUUGUCCGUUUUGUGGAUCCUUCUUGGGGCUUCGCGGUUGGCUGGGACUAUGCUAUCACCUGGCUGACGGUGCUUCCGUUCGAACUCACUGCCGCUGCUCUCACCAUUAGAUUUUGGCGUGAUGAUAUCAACGUGGGUGUCUGGAUUACUGUUUUCUUGGUCGUCUUGUCCGCUAUCCAGGUCUUUGGUGUCCGUGGAUAUGGUGAAGUCGAGUUUAUUCUUAGCGCCAUCAAGAUCGCCGCGUGCAUUGGCUUUAUCAUCCUUGGUAUCAUCAUCGAUUGCGGCGGCACUGGACCCCAGGGAUACAUUGGCGCCAAGUACUGGUACAAUCCUGGUGCCUUUGCAAACGGCUUCCAGGGUUUUUGCUCCGUGUUUGUCGUUGCUGCGUUCGCUUUUGCUGGUACUGAGCUGGUUGGUCUCGCCGCUGCGGAAUCGGCAACUCCACACAAGACGAUCCCCUCCGCCUCACGUCAGGUGUUUUGGCGCAUUGCCAUCUUCUAUGUGCUGAACUUGCUUAUGGUCGGCUUGCUUGUACCCUACACUGAUGAUCGUCUUCUAAAAGCUGCAUCUUCAAACACCAAGGACUCACCUUUCGUGAUUGCCAUUCUUGAUGCCGGCAUUCCUGCCUUGCCAUCGAUUUUCAACGUCGUCAUCACCCUGUCCGUCAUUAGUGUCGCUAACUCGUGCACUUUCGGUUCAACCAGAACCAUCCAAGCCCUUGCCGAGCGUGGCAUGGCCCCCAGAUUCUUUUCAAAGGUUGACAACAAGGGCCGUCCCCUGGCUGCAGUCAUUCUCCAAAUUCUGUUCGGUCUGCUCGCUUUCAUUGGUGAGAGUGCCCAGGAAGGCACCGUUUUCACCUGGCUGCUCAGUUUGAGUGGUCUCAGUUAUUUCUUUGUCUGGGGUUCUAUUUGCCUGUCCCAUAUUCGCUUCCGCAUGGCCUGGAAGGCUGCAGGGCAUACCGUACACGAGAUGCCGUAUUCUACCCCAUUUGGCAUUAUCGGUAGUUACAUCGGUCUCGGCAUGAACAUCCUUUGUUUGAUUGCCUCAUUUUACGUAGCUGUCUGGCCCCCCGGCUCGUCCCCCGACGUCCAAUAUUUCUUCCAGCAAUACCUUGCCGCCCCCCUCAUCCUCGCGCUUUACAUUUUCUGGAAACUAUGGAGCCGGAAAUGGCGCAUGUGGAUUCCUGUCUCCGAGAUGGAUAUCCGCUCUGGUCUGCGCGUGGAGCUGCUUGACGGCAACAAGGAGCCCGAUUCACCGUGGACAUGGAAGAAUUGGCCCCUGAAGGUGGUUCGCUUGGUUAUUUAGACCUACUCUCAACUCUCUACACACAUUGUAUACAUGCGAAUAUCGUAUCGUAUUUUUAUCAUGGGUUUUCCAUGUGCAUGGUAACCAGGAUAAGGUUGCCGAUAGGUUGACUGGAUCACAGAUGAGGUUGUAUUGUUGAUAGUGAAUCCUCAAGUUAUUCGAGUCUGUAAUAUAGUUCUAGACCUGUCUCUACGUAAUGUAGCAAUAAGAACAUCUCUUCAAACUUCA